AUGGGUGAGCUGCUGCCGUCAAGCCUGCCUCUUGUUCUUCCGUGUUCCGAACCGCAAUUCUUUGAACUUUACCUUAAAGCUGCCCAGACCAAGUCGAAGAAAACCUUAGCCAAACCCAAUAUAAGGAAUAUUGUGGUGGUGGAGGGUGUUCGCAUUCCAUUUUUGCAGUCGGGCACUUCAUAUAAGGAACUGAUGCCACAUGAUUUGGCUAGAGCAGCACUUUUGGGUUUGCUGCAUCGGACCAGUGUCCCGAAGGAUGUUGUUGAUCAUAUCAUCUUUGGCACAGUUAUACAGGAAGUGAAGACUAGCAAUGUGGCUAGAGAGGCUGCCCUGGGAGCUGGCUUCUCUGACAAGACUCCUGCUCACACUGUCACCAUGGCUUGCAUCUCUGCCAACCAAGCCAUGACCACAGGUGUCGGCUUGAUCGCCUCCGGGCAGUGCGAUGUGGUCGUGGCAGGUGGUGUAGAGUUAAUGUCUGAUGUCCCUAUUCGUCAUUCAAGGAAAAUGAGGAAGAUGUUGCUUGAUCUCAAUAAGGCCAAGACUCUGGGUCAGCGACUGUCUUUAAUCUCUAAAUUCAGAUUGAAUUUCCUGUCACCUGAGCUCCCUGCGGUGGCCGAGUUCUCCACCAGUGAGACCAUGGGCCACUCUGCAGACCGACUGGCCGCUGCCUUUGCUGUUUCUCGACUGGACCAGGAUGAGUACGCGCUGCGCUCUCACAGCCUGGCCAAGAAGGCCCAGGAUGAAGGACUCCUGUCUGAUGUUGUGCCCUUCAAAGUACCAGGAAAAGAUACAGUUACCAAAGAUAAUGGCAUUCGUCCUUCGUCUCUGGAGCAGAUGGCCAAACUAAAACCUGCAUUCAUUAAGCCCUAUGGCACAGUGACGGCUGCAAAUUCUUCUUUCCUGACUGAUGGUGCAUCUGCAAUGCUGAUAAUGGCAGAGGAGAAAGCUCUGGCCAUGGGUUAUAAGCCAAAGGCAUAUUUGAGGGAUUUUGUGUAUGUGUCUCAGGAUCCAAAAGAUCAACUUUUACUUGGACCAACUUACGCUACUCCAAAAGUUCUGGAAAGGGCAGGAUUAACAAUGACUGAUAUCGAUGCUUUUGAAUUUCAUGAAGCAUUCUCAGGUCAGAUUUUGGCUAAUUUUAAAGCCAUGGAUUCUGAUUGGUUUGCACAAAAUUACAUGGGUAGAAAAACCAAGGUUGGGUCACCUCCCUUGGAGAAGUUUAACAACUGGGGUGGAUCGCUGUCCCUGGGACACCCAUUUGGAGCUACUGGCUGCCGGUUGGUCAUGGCAGCUGCCAACAGAUUACGGAAGGAGGGAGGCCAGUAUGGCUUGGUGGCUGCCUGUGCCGCUGGAGGGCAGGGCCAUGCGAUGAUAGUGGAAGCUUAUCCAAAAUAAUAAAGGAGAGGUGACCUGGAGUUUCUGCGCAACACUCGCACUAGGCAAUGCCAUUCCAAUGCAUUACUAACUGACAUCCUUAGUUCCUAUCUCCUCUUAGGAAAAGACAAUUUGUGGCCUUCUGUUCAAUACUUUGCAAUUAAGCCUUGCUAGUAUUCUGAGCUUUUCCGUAAUCACGGCUUACUACUCUUUCAGGGAUUUCUUAAUCAGCAGAAUCUCUCAGUGUUAUGUUUAAACAGUUGUUUGGGGGCUCUAUUUUCAUUAAAUACUUAAAUGAGUGGUUGCAGUUCAGGAGAGAGGUUCUCUGAGAUUUGGAAUCAUCUUUGUAACAUUUGCAAAGUAUACUCCUUCCUAUUUGUGACCUAAAGAUGCGUGUUUUCUAUAAAAUACAAACCAAUGUGCCUAAAGAAACUUAAUUAUGGAAAGGUAAUUCAGAGUUUAAAUGUCACUGAAAACUUACAGUAAAUGUUUAGAUAUAUAAGUACCCUGUUACACUUAAUAAAGUGAGGGAGUAUUGAA